AUGGCUAAAAAUAAUUUGGAUUGGAUUAACAACUUAAUAGGACAGUCCUAUAAUGGCGCUGCUAAUAUGCGUGGUGAGUAUAAAGGUGUGCAAUCCUUAAUUAAAAAUGAAAAUAAAUCAGCAAUAUAUGUAUGGUGUCACGCCCAUCGCUUGAAUUUAAUAGUUAAAGAAGCAGUUUCUUCUUGCACAGAUGCAGUAAACCUCUUUGCUGCUUUAAAUACAGUUUUGACCUCUCGUAAUGCUGUGAUUGAGACCCUGGCCACAAUUAAACUUUCUGAAGGUCCUGGAGACGCCAAAACAGGAGCUGCAGCUAGUGGUCUUUUAGAUUAUUUUACUUCUUAUCGUUUUCUAAUUGUAGCAAUAAUGUUUAAGAAACUAUUUCAAAUAAUUAAACCUGCUAAUAAAAUAUUGCAAACUCGUGAUUUGGACUUGUUAGCUGCAACAAAUUUGAUAGAAAGUGCUAAACAUAAAAUUAAAUUAUUAAAUAAUAGAAGUUUAAAUGCUUUUCAAGACAUUAUAAAGGAAGUUGAUCAAUUUGUAAUUGAUUCGGAACAAGAAUUUACUCCAAUUGUAGUAUCUAGACCAAAACGAUGCCCAAAAAAAUCAGGUGAGUUAAGUAAAGAUACUCCCAUAUUAGACCCUGUGAAACAAAUUAGAAUUGAAUGUUUUAAUAAAACACUUGAUAUUAUUCAAAUGGAUUUUAGUGAACGUUUUAAUAUUAAUGAGACUGGCUUAAUGAAAGAUCUAUCACUAAUUUCAAGAAGAAGAAUUAUGGAAGUGAGAAAAAAUCCAGAAACUCUUCCAAAAGAUGCUUUUAUUAUACCGGUUUCAAGCUGUAGCGUGGAAAGGAGUUUCUCCAAACUAAAACUUGUGAAGACCAAACUACGAACAACUAUAACUGAAGAAAGACUGGAAAAUCUUAUGCGAAUUUCAUGUGAGCAAGAUGUUGACAUAGAUAAUGAAAAAGUUAUUAAUUUAUUUGCCCAAAAAAGUUGGUUAGGUUACUUCAAUUUGGCACAUAGAUAG